CUAUUUCGUAGCCAUCCACCCGUCGCGAUUUCGCACAUUGCUGCGCUAUAUUCCGUGCUUUUCCGACCGCCAGAAAAUUAUCGAUCCAUCCAGGAUUGAUCAAUUGAGAAAUCUGUCUUUUCGCAGCAAACGGUAACUUGUAUUUCCCCGAACAAUGGGCAUCACCAAGGAAAGUCUUUCGGACAUCCGGGAAGAGUUCGAGAAAGCUCAUCGCAAAAUCGACGAGGACAGCAAGAAUGAUCCCCCGACGGAACCGUUCCGAUCGCACUACGCAGCCCGUGAUAUCUUGCAGGUGGUACAGCGUAAGUUGAAAAAUCUUGAUGAAACCCUGGAUAGGGAUAGCGAUGCAUCGUUGACCGUACGCUGCCUGCUGGCCAAUGUCCUGAAGGAUAUUGGAAAAAUUUCUAUUUUCACUGAAGAACUAACGAACGGAGAGCUAGCGCUGAAAGAAGCUUUCGACCUGGUCAAGGAGCAUUGUGAAAAGCCACAGGCGAUCAAUGGGUAUGUUGAAGUGUUGAAUCAGUUAGGAAUUCUUUAUUGCAACAGAGGAAAUUUUGAAGAAUCCAAGGAAUAUCUCGAACAAGCUAUGCAAAUUUACAAUGAUGUUAAAGGAAGUGAUAACGAACCUCUAACAAUAAUCGACCUUUUUGGGACGAAAGAUGAAAUUGAAAAAGGCAAGGGAAAGUUGUUGCUGGAAAAGAACUACACCCUUACGUUGUACUAUAUGGCUCAGGUGUUUGGUUAUCUAGAAGAUUUAGUAAAGUCAGCGCAUUUCUGUCAUCUCACCUUGAAGAGACAGCUGGAUUAUAACGAUUUCGAACAUAUUGAUUGGGCUCUGAAUGCCGCCACUUUGUCGCAAUACUAUUUCCCGAAAAAUCACUUGAGCCAAGCCAGACAUCUGCUUGCGGCCGCUUCGUACAUGCUUGACCGAUUCGAAGAAGAAGUUAUUCCAAAAGAAACCAACGACACGGUUAGAGCUGACAAAAUAGAAAGCCUUCGUCAUCGAUCGGCUGAUGUUGCUCGCUGCUGGGCUAAAUAUGAUCUCCAUAUACUUGCUACAUCAAAAGAGCGACUUUGUCAAGAUGACGAAGAAUCUGACAAAAAUUUGCCCAAGGAUGGCCUUAGUCCGGUACGAGAAAUUGAUCGUUUCAUCGGUCUCGAAGGUCUUUCCGUCUACGAAGAUCAAGUAACUGACGAGUUUUGUCUUACUCUGGAAGACGCCAAACUUGUUUUCCUCAACGCUUUAUCCUGGCUGAACAAGGCCAAAGAUUAUUAUACAAAAGAAACGGAAGCUUCGCAGUAUGCAAAAAUAGUCCAAGACAUAGCCAGCCUCUACAAAAACUUAGCAUUUUUCGACGACGACGAAGAUAAUCAAUGCAAAUUGUACAAACGCUCCGUCGACCAGUUAGAGGAAUUGGAUCUUGUCCUUAACCCAACCUAUUAUCAAACCAUUUGCCGGGAAAUUUGGUACGAGCUCGGACUCAUCUAUUCCAAGAUGCUGGACGUAAAACUGGCCAAGCUGGAAACUCUCUCUUCAAGCGAUAGACCGACUCCACACGCCCUGAACAAAAUAAACAAACUGUGCGAGAAAAGUAUUUCCAAGUUUCAAAAAUUCCUCGAAUCAUACAAAGUUCCCCUAGACACUCUGGAGGUUCCAGCCCAAGGCAUCGACGAGGCCGAAAUGCAACCGAUUCUUUUUGCGUUCUUCCACGUGGGUCGGCUUUUCUAUAAGGUCAUCACUCCGGACAAACGCCUUCAAUUGGAAAAUGUGCGCAACAGUUUCCGCUACUAUCAUCACUUCGUAAAAAGUUGCGAUGAGAACGAAAAUUUAGCCGCGUGUUUUCAGGCGGAAAAGGGAGUGUGCAAGGAGAUGUGCACGCUCCUACCACUCAAGAUAAAGAAACUGACCAACGAAGUGAACGAACUGGUACAGUGAGCUUGUGCGAACCUAAAUGUUCGAGUGAUUGUUUGCAUGCUUAUCUGGGCUUCGAUGGCUUGUUGAAUAAAAUUCGUGAACAAGAUUCUUGUUAUAUACCUAGAAUACACCGAAAAACUCUAAUCUUUUUUCUUUUCUUUUUUUAAAUAAUAGUAUGAGUGUGUGAUAAUAAAAAUCGU